AUGGCUCCCGCCUUCAUCCCGUUUGUAGGAGCCGUCGUCUUCUUUUUCCAGAUUGCUUCUGUCAAAACUGAUGGGAAGUUGUUUGCCCUUGGACCCAGGAAUGGCUCCCAGAAUCUGGACUUAGCAAUGGCGCAGAAGUCAUGCGCUGCAGAAGGUGCUCGUUUAGCCAGUGCAGAAGAACUAAGGAGAGCAAUAAGGGAUUGUUCCUUUGUCAUGUGCACCAGAGGAUGGCUGGCUGACGGCUCAAUUGGGACAACCCUAUGUAACAGGACAGGCAGCAGGCUGCAGAGUGUGAAAGUGAUUGAUGUUCAGCUUGAAGUGGACCCUCCUCCAAGUGGCAGAUAUGAUGCAUUCUGUGUGAAGGCCAAAGGUAAACCUUGUGGGGACCCUCCGUCCUUCCCUCACAGCGUUCUUCAUGGGCACACCGGGUUUGAGAUGGGAGAUGAGCUGCACUAUGUCUGUGCCCAGGGGUAUGUCAUGAGCAACAAAGAUGCUGCUUUCACGCUGCUCUGUCACACCUGUGGAGAAUGGUUUGGUCAAGUCCAGGCUUGUGUCAAAGAUGAAACUGAGGGACAUAUUGAUUAUGAAGAUAAUUUCCCUGAUGACCGAUCUAUGCUUAAUGAAGAACAUAAUGUGAAAGAGACAGAGGAAAAGGAAAAUGAACCAAAGAAAGCCACAAAUGAUGACAAAAAGAUUCCGUUUGCUGAUGGAAACAAUCACAUCGGUGUGAAAAUGAUGUAUGAUGAACAAGGCACGAAAAUGCUGUAUGAAAGUGAGGACUUCCCUAUUGGCCCUACCAUUGUGAACAAGGACACAAAAGCAGCUAAAAGUACAGAUUCUAAGGAGGAGUCCUGGCUAGAUGGCUACCCUGUCACCCAGGAAGCAAUAGAAGAAGAUGAAGAAGAGGAAGGAGAUAAAAUAGAUGGAUCUAUGGGAAUGGAAGAUGACAUCAGUGACCAAUCAGUUUAUGCUGGAGUAAGCAAAACAGGUGGCAGCACCCUGGAAAAGGCUUUCCUACAGACUGGGGCAGUCCCAUCACUGACACAAGAUAAAGAUGGGAUCGAACAAAUACUAAGACCUCAGCCAACAAGUGGACCUGAGAAUAUAAGUGUAAGCAAAGGGUCUGAUGAUGCCAUCGGUUAUGCCCCAACUGCAUCUAUCAGAUUUGCUACUCAGGAGCUGGCCUCAGUAACCACAGUCCCCCAUUUAAAUUUGGCUGCAUUGGAGACAUCUGCAGCACUCCACCUCAUUGAUCACAUCCAGUUGCCCAAUGAGGAAGAAAUGUUGGCUUUUCCGAGGCAAGAGGUGUCAACUGUGCCUUGUCAGAACGUGUUUACUGAUACAUCAGCAGAUGUUGUGGGAGACACUCUUACCUAUGGACUAGGUGGAAAGCCGUUGACCACUUUUGAACCAUGUGCAGGGCUAGAUUGUUCCAGCCAAGAUAAAGGCCCCAUGAUAGCCACUGGAGUGACUCUAGUAUGUUUGCUCUUACUUGCCGCAAUCUUGGCGGUAUGGUGCUUCAAGAAACAGCAACAGAAAACCUCUGUUUAUAAACUGAAUGGAAAAGAUCACACCAGGCACCAGCUGCAACAGAUUGAAAUGCAGAAAGUCUAAUCUAGUAGUAGACACAAGUGGAAAGAAACGUAAUAGUAUGAUGAAGUGAGGGAAAAACUGAAUGAUAAGCAGAUCUCAAUGUCCACUAGUUCAGAAACAAGAAAAGAAAACCUGUGUGCAGAUCAGAAGGACUUGCAACUAUCUGAAAUCACAACAUGGGGAUAUCAGUAUUAAUUUAGUAAUGUAAUUUUUGUUUCACCAACCACCUCCUUGAAGAUUUCAGUGUUGAUUCACAGCUGUGCCUUUUAUUACUUGAUAAUAAUGUGAUGAUUUGGUUUUCUGAAAUAGGUGAUCUAUUACAGUCCUUAUGGCUGUGCUUUUUGCAUUCUGAAUGCCAUCUAUUCAGUAGCCUGGGUCAUCAUUUGGGAACCGCCACAUCAAAUUACUCUGUGGACUGAACUUCAAUAAGGCAGAAUGGACUUGCAGCAAAGACUGAACAGUAACUGCUUCUUACACUGAUUCAUAUAUGCAAUUUCCCCUCUACUGUGCUGAGUCAGUCACAAUACAGGGGCAAGUUUGAAAGAGGCUCUCUAGAGGAGGACAGCAGCAGGGGGUGACAGGUGAAAUUUGAUGCAAGGUAAAACUCCUUUUGGUGAACCAUUACAUUUGUUAUUUUUAUAGUAAGGCCAAAUGGACACAAAAAAUAUUUGCUGUUUUAUGCAACAUUUAAGGUACAAAUAACCAAGCAUACUUCAUAUUAAUUCCAGUGAAUUUGUGCUGGAGCAACUCAUCCUUCAAAUGAUAAUUUUGAGUUAUAGGGAGGUAAUCACCAUGGAUCCAUCACAAUCUAUUAACUAGAAACGGGGAAUCUAUUUUAACCCCAUGGUCUGGUCCAGUCAAGGCAUCUCACUUUAGAUUCAAGGAUACUUAUAAAAAUCUCUGUCAAAGAGGAUAUUGAAUACAAUGAAUAAUACAUUAAUAAUACAUUAUCAAUAUGGAUGCAUAAUAUAAACAUGCAAAGCUUAUAUUCCUCUUAUCCAUGUUGUUUCCUUGAAUACACCAGGGAAUACUCCAUGGACCUCCAAAGUUGCCUGGAUGAGUAACACAUCAAUAUUUCUCCCUAAAACCUCUUGCUAUUAUUCUAUAAAGUUCCUUUUUCUCCCCAUUCCAGAGUCUUUCGGAAUGCACAGAUACUGAUCUUUCUGGGAGAUGGAAGGGGCAAACAGUUUCAGUUCCCACUGCAAAAUAAGCUCUUAUCUAAGGAAUAUACUUAGGGAAAGCACUUGCAAGGCAAUUAUCUCUGGUGCUCUUCUUAAGAAGCUGAAGGCAUUAAGGCCUUGACUGGGCUCCAAGAAACGAUCCUGACUUUUGGACACUGGGUUAAUAACCUCCCUGUUGUUCUUCUGGUAUAGCCCAUUCAGUAGAACAUAUUGGAGAAUUUGGAUUUUGUUAAUUGUUUUCCUAUUUAGAAGUAUCUUUUUAUAUCUGUGUGGGAAUGUAUUCACAGACAAGGAUUUUGUUGUGGGUUUGAAUUAAUGAUGUACUACUAAGCUUUAUUAAUCUUUUAAAAUUACACCGAUGUUGUAAAUAUUUUACGCAACCCUUCUGGGUUCUAUAGGAAUAGUCCCAGAAGGAAGAGACAAAGCAACUCACGGCACUUCGCUGCAAACUCAUCAAAGGUUCCUUACUUUUUUGAGUACAAUGCUGCCACCAGAUUGGAUCAAGAUUUAGUU